GGGAACGGGCGUCAGAAACCCUUUUCGCCAAGAUGGCGCCGAAAGCGAAGAAGGAAGCUCCUGCCCCUCCCAAAGCUGAAGCCAAAGCAAAGGCCCUGAAAGCCAAGAAGGCCGUGCUGAAAGGCGUCCACAGCCACAAAAAGAAAAAGAUCCGCACGUCACCCACCUUUCGGCGACCCAAGACAUUGCGCCUCCGGAGGCAGCCUAAAUACCCUCGGAAGAGCGCCCCCAGGAGAAACAAGCUUGACCACUAUGCCAUCAUCAAGUUCCCCCUGACCACUGAGUCGGCCAUGAAGAAGAUAGAAGACAACAACACCCUAGUGUUCAUUGUGGAUGUUAAGGCUAACAAGCAUCAGAUCAAACAGGCUGUGAAGAAACUCUAUGACAUUGAUGUGGCCAAAGUCAACACCCUGAUCAGGCCUGAUGGAGAGAAGAAGGCCUAUGUUCGGCUGGCUCCCGAUUAUGAUGCUUUGGAUGUUGCCAAUAAAAUUGGGAUCAUCUAAACUGGAUCCAGCUGGUUAAUUCUAAAUACACCUUUUUUUUCACUAUAUAUAAUUGUGUCUUUGUCAUUUUCUGGGUUGUGCCGGGGGUUAAAGCCCAG